AUGAAGUUCACAUUCAACAUCUUGCUCCUCCUGGCAUUCGUGGUCUUCGCUCUAGCCACCAAGCAACAGCAGCCACUCAAGCCGUACAUUGUCUCGUAUCCGAAACAUACCCCGUCCAGGUUUCUGGAAGACGCAAAGAAGGCCGUCCUGCACGCGGGUGGCGUUAUUACGCAUGAGUACAAUUCGAUCACCGGCUUCGCAUGCAAGACAUCAAAGACAGUGCUGGAGAGCAUCGAAAUAAUGGCAUCCGGGCACAAGAUUCUGAUCGAAGAAGACCAGACGAUCAGCAUCAACGUCUAA